AUGAGUGAUUCAAGCAAGCGUGAGGGUUUCUUCGUUCACAUCCUCCGCCGCGGCAGCUUCAACGAGGACCAGCUGGCGGAACAGGCCAAGAUCCUGUUGCUGGGUGGGUCGGAAACGACGGCAACUUUCCUAGCUAGAGUGACUUACUGCUUGCUGGCAACGCCGACAGCACUGAAGAAGCUGCAGCACGAAGUGAGAUCUUCCUUCUCGUCCAGGGAUGAGAUCGAUGGAGAUUCCACCAAGAAGCUACCGUAUCUUCAUGCCGUGAUUGGGGAAGGUCUUCGGCUGUUUCCUCCAGUCCCGAUUGGCCUUCCACGGAACCGCCCCGGCGCAAUGGUGGAUGGCUACUAUGUCCCGCUUGGCACGGAAGUAUCGGUCGACAAAUUUGUCAUGUCUCGCGAUGCGCGAAACUUUCCCGACCCAGAUAGCUUCCAUCCCGACCGUCGGACUGGAGACGGUUCUGGGAGCAUAAAGGAGGCCAGCCGCCCGUUUUCUCUUGGGCCUCGUGCCUGCUUGGGCGUCAACCUGGCAUAUCUUGAGGCCAAGAUGAUCCUUGCCGCCAUGGUGUACUCGUAUGACUGGGAACUGGGCGAUAAGAAACUGGACUGGUUUGGGCAAGUGAAACUGCUGACAUUCUGGCGAAAGCUAGAGCUGCUGGUUCGAUUUCCUCCCUCUGGCGUUCUUGAUGCAGCCGGCUUGAAACAAGAAUAA